AUGACCGAAGAACAAGACCGCGAGUCCCAAGCAACCUUCCUGACGGAAGAUGUAGUGAUCAACAUUCUCCUGCGAUUGCCGAUCGCUUCGUGUAUCUCCCUGUUCCGCUGCGUCUGCAGAUCAUGGCGGAAUCUACUUUCAGAUCCCGAGUUCAUCCGCAAGAUUCUCUUCUUCCGAACCACCGCCGAACAACAAUCCCUCAGAAUCCUGAUCGCCGGUGACGUUAUCCGCGUCCUGCAGACCCACAGCUCCUCCUUCAACCUCUGGCCCGUACCUGCUGCCGCCGCCCAACCUCCCCGCGUCCGGCAGACCCACUACUCCUUGCACUCCUACGACGCCCUCUGUCCCGUCUCUGCCGCCGCCGCCGUUCCCUGCAAGAUGCGUAAUUACAGGCCAGGUAACCGUUUGGCGAUCGUCGGUUGUUGCGACGGUAUAUUCUGCAUCUCCACGUACCCGGGCAGCAGUGUCUCCGACAUCAGCAUGUGGAAUCCGACCACCUCGGAGACCAGGUUGCUACCGCUUUCCUCUUGUCCUCGCGCUCCGUCCUUCCUCAUGUGUUGCGAGGAAAUCGGGUUCGGUUUCGAUCCCCUGACUCGCGACUACAAAGUUGUCAGGACUUUGGUAUUUGAGCGGAUUGAUGAAGAAGACGACAAUGGUGCUGAUGAUGAUGGUCUUGUAAAAUUUGGCUGCCCUUCUCGGGUUGCUUAUACAGAGGUAUACAGUUUGAGAAAUGAUUCAUGGAAGAGAUUAUUGACGGCCAAUGAUGAUAUAAUAAUCAAUGCUUAUCCGCUCAACUAUAUUCAUCAACAACAUCGGGACACAUUCAACCUCAUAUCUGUUAAGGAUUUCCUUGAGCUUCAAGCAUUGGGGUCUAGAGGCCUUGAGGAAAAAGAUGCCAUCUGCAAACAGCAGAUGUGA